GUAAGCUUUGUCUGGGGAACCCGCCUCCCGAGUCCCCCUGCGGCCGGGCCGGGCCGGGCGGCGAGGUCACAGUGUGUGUGAAGGUUGAGGAUGUCACCCCAGAGGAGAUGGAUGCCCCUGAAGCAUUAUGGGAAUCUCAGAGCACCCAGCUGGAGCCACCACAGCCCCAUCCCGCAUGGGGAUCCCCAGAGGAGGCAGCACUGAGGAAGUGUGAGCUGCCAGGUGCCCCUGCAAAGGAGCCUCGAGCUGGAGAAGAAAUGGCAGGUGCUGGAAUCCUGAGCCAGGCUGAAGAGCAGUGUCGCUACGAAGGGCCUGAAAUGGUGUGGCCCCCGAAUGUAUCACAGAGUGGCUCAGGAGAGAGCAUUACCCACAGACCUGAGCAGGGAGGAGCCUGCAAGAGGCAGAAGAAGAUCCCAGUGGGGAAGGAGCCAGGCCCCCCAAAGGAACAUGACGGCAGAUUCAGGAAACUAACCCAGCUCUUUGCACAGGGGAGACCUCAAACCACAGGGGAUCUUCACCACGAGCAACAGCAUAGAUGUCGAGACUGUGGGGAAAGCUUCAGGGAAAAGCAGGAGCUCACGGCUCACAGCAAGGUCCAUGAGAGAGAGAGACGCUAUCCCUGCGCUGAAUGUGGGAAGCGAUUCAGCUGUCCAGCACAUCUCAAAACCCACCAGAGAAGCCACACACGCGAGAAGCCCUACUCAUGUGGAGAGUGUGGCAAACUCUUUGGCUAUCUCUACACGCUGACUACCCACCAGAGAACUCACACGGGGGAGGGCUUGUUCCCCUGUGACAAGUGCGGGAAAACCUUCACCAGCCCCUCGGACCUCAACAAGCACCAGCGCUCCCACACGGGUGAGCGGCCCUACCCCUGCGCCGAGUGUGGGAAGCGCUUCAACCGGCUCUCCAACCUGAAGAUGCACCACAGGACUCACACGCAGGAGAGGCCCUACCCCUGCGCCGAAUGCGGGAGAUGCUUUGGCCACCUCUCCACGCUCGUGAGGCACCGGAGAGCCCACACAGGGCAGAGACCCUUCCCCUGUGCUGAGUGUGGCAAGACCUUCACCACCAGGACAGGGCUGAGCAAGCACCAGAGAAUCCACACAGGCGAGCGGCCCUACCCCUGUGGGGAGUGUGGAAAACGCUUUGGCUACCUCUGUGCUUUGACCACACACCAGCGGCUGCACAUGGGGGAGAGACCCUUCUCCUGUGCUGAAUGCGGGAAAACCUUCACCAGUCCCGCGGACCUGACCAAGCACCAGCGCUCCCACACCGGCGAGAGGCCCUACCCCUGUGCUGAGUGCGGGAAGCGUUUCAGCCAGCUCUCCAACCUGACGAUGCACCAGAGGACUCACACACAGGAGAAGCCCUAUCCCUGCACUGAGUGUGGGAAGAGCUUCAAGUACCUGGCUUACCUUACCAUUCAUGAGCGCUCCCACACAGGGGAACGGCCCUUCCCUUGUGACAAGUGUGGGAAGAGCUUCAGCAACAAGUCAGCUCUCACCCGGCACCAGAGAAUCCACGCCAGAGCUGCAGGUGGGGACAAGUGAGGCCAUCCCGGCUGAGAGCUCCGCUCCAGGCAUUCACUAGGAAUAUCUGAAGUGGAGGAACAGAAAAUGGUUCUACAGAGCCCAAGGGAAAUCAGGAGUCAAAACCCAACUCCUGUUAUCCCUUCACGCACAGCGUGGGUCUUGUCUUCGCUGCACAGUUAACCCUGGCUCUCAUCUGGGUUUUAGCCCAACCUACUGCUACCCACACAGAGAGUCUUCUGACCCAUGAUUCAGGGUGCUUUAAUUCCAGGCUAGUUUACAAAGCUGGGAAUAUAGAUUAGAGCUCAGGCUGUCAUUAAACUCAGGCUAAAACUCACCCACAUUGCAGUGAGGACACAGGAAAAGUCCCCUCAAUGCUCAUAGUCUUCCAGUGCUUUCCCACAAUGCAUCCCGAAUAAUAGACAGGUUCUUCCAUCAUUGACUGGGAAGGAAUCGUACAGCAUCUCAAAACAAAGAACCACAGGUCUUUCCUCAGACCGCAUACACACGGGGAAGUGUAGACACAGUAAUGCAGGUAGGGCUUGCAGUAGGGAUGUUCACACCUGAGUUAGGCUAACCAGGGUGCCCAGACCCAAGUGCCAAUCACCUAAGUUAACUGUAUUAAAACUUACUCCAACGGUGA